UCCGUGUGGCUCUCUGUGCUUCAUAAUUUCAUUUUUUCUUCUGAAUUUUCCGAUUAUCCGUCGGCGGUCGUAGAACAAAACUUUUCCGGCGGUGUAAAGAGGAAGAAGCAUCUUCACUCUUCACACUGAGCCGCUUACAUCCGGUUUGCGCAGUGUUUUCGUGGAGAUAAUAAUCUGAGCCCAUUUUCGAUUCUCGGCUGAAUGAGCUCCCAUGCCGUUGCUAGAUAUUGCUACUGUCCAGCCGUCCUUGCAAAAUCAUCUAGUUCCAGUAUGUUCUCAGACCUUUAUUCAUGGUCAAGUUUUGUCAAGUCCAUGGAAAAGUUCUCAAUUUUCUAGAAGGGUAGAAUUUCAUCCGAGACACUUGGAGAAGCAAGGGAGUUGUCAGCUCCGGAUUAGAGCAGCUGCACUCACAACCCUUGAACUCAAGAGUUCAGUUCAGAAAGAAGAUGGCUCUGGUAAUUCCAUGUUGGCUGUUCAUUCAAGUCCCUUGUCAACUCAGAUUGAGUCUUUGAAAGAAGAUUGGGUGGAUUUGGAUGAGAGAGAAAGAUUGAGACGGAUGAGAAUUUCUAAGGCAAAUAAAGGAAACAUACCAUGGAACAAAGGCAGGAAGCAUAGUGCUGAAACUUGUAACCGGAUCAGAGAGAGAACAAGGAUAGCAAUGCAGAAUCCUAAGAUCAAAUUGAAGCGAGUUAAUCUUGGUCGUGCUCAGAGUGUAGAAACAAGGUUAAAAAUUGGAAUUGGAGUGCGAAUGGGGUGGGAAAGGCGUCGUGAGAAGAUAAUGAUGCAGGAAACUUGCUACUUCGGGUGGCAGAACUUAAUUGCAGAAUCUUCUAGAAAAGGCUUUCUUGGUGAGGAAGAGUUGCAGUGGGAUUCCUACAAGAUCUUGGAUGAACAGCUUAAGAAGGAGUGGUUGGAAAGCGUUGAAAGAAGGAAAAGCAUGCCACGGCCUAAAGGUAGCAAGAGGGCACCAAAAUCCCCUGAACAAAGAAAGAAAAUUGCAGCCGCCAUUGCUGCCAAAUGGGCUGACCCUGCAUACCGGGAGCGGGUUUGCUCUGGCUUGGCAAAGUAUCAUGGGUUAACAGAUGGAGCUGAAAGGAAGCCAAAGAAAAAGCCUAGUGGCGGUACACAGCCCAGAAGAAAGAGUCUCACAACAAAGAAAUUUAGUGAUACAGAUGAUUCUUCUCGCAUUGACACUAAAACUCUGACUGAAGGAAAAAGGUCACGUAAACGUAAUGCACCCCUGUAUAAGGAUCCUAUGCCUAGUUCCAAGUUAGAUAUGAUCAAGAACAUCAGAGCACAGAGAGCAGCUGCAGAAUCUAAGAAAACUGAAGCCAUAGAACGUGCAAGACUUUUGAUUGCUGAAGCUGAGAAGGCAGCAGAAGCCCUUGAGAUUGCAGCUGUGAAAAGCCCUGUUGCUCCAGCUUAUCUCGUUGAAACUAGAAAGCUCAUAGCUGAAGCAAUUCAAUCAAUAGAAUCCAUAGAGGGAGCUGAGGUCACAUCUAACGAGAUUGGAAAACAUCUUUCUGUUAACUCGGCCGAGCUUACAACUGAGGUUGACAAGGAAAUCGGAUCAGAAGAUGGUGGUUUGAUCCAAGCAGAGCAGAAAGAGGUAAAUGGGAGACAAACCCUUCCCGUAAGUAAAAAUGAGGACUUCAGUUUUGCUAGCUUCACUUUAGCACGAAUAGUGAAUGAUGAGGAGAAAUUUAUGCUUCCAAGCUCAAGUAAUCAUGUUUUAUCAGCAUUGAACUUGGAAGAUCUGGUAAAGCUGCCAGACUCAUCUGAACAACUUGCUCAGUUUGAACCAAAUGGGAUUGACAAACCUGAAAAGACCAAUGGAAUCAAUUUACAGGUAAAGGAGGAUGACAUUCCUUCUAAACCAGUUACUGUCACCAAGAAAUGGGUUCGCGGGAGGCUUGUUGAUGUGUCAGAAGAAGCUUCAUAAAACAUCUAUGAAAUUUGACAUUCCUUCCAGGUAGACAGCGGUUUGUUAUCAUAGCUGUUCUGUCCAGGAGUCCUGCAGUCUCAAUGCAUCAACUCUGCUGCUUUCACUAGCUCCUAGGAUCAUUUUGGUACCUCUAAUUCACAGAAAGUUUUGUUAUCACUGCUUUAGCCAUAGAUUGUAUCAAUUGGUAGUUCUUCAAGGUUCAAUGUUUCACUUCUCCCCCUUGUUUGCUUUUAAUAUAUGAGAAUUUUGUUUUGCAAUUUAGAUCAUAAAACAAAAAUUAUUAGAUGGAAAAGAACCCCUACUAUCAUGAUUGCGUAGGUCUCAUGAUAUAUGGGGUGCACAGACUUCGUGAUA